UGCCAAACAAAUCCCUCCGCUCGUCUUUGGCCCUCUCCUCUAUAAACACAAGUUUUUUCGUGAAAUCGACAUCCGACAACAGACCAGGAAAGAUAUCCGCGCAAUGUACCAGAGUAUUCCAUUGUAUUCAUCCUCUCCUGGUUUGCUGCUGCUGGUCACGCAAGCCCUGUGGGUGGGCCGUCGUAUUCAAUCGAUCGUAACGAGAAACCGGGUGACCUGCUGCGUUUCAAACGCCGUGUCAUCCAGUAUGUAUACCGAGUGGGCCCCGGCGAAUACUCCCUUUGGAGCCAUGUCAGUUGCCCUUGGGUUACGUGCGGAAGAGGAUGAACAAGUUCUGGAACAGCGACGAGGUUUGCUAAUUAGUAAUUAGUCUGCUAGACACACGACUUUGGACGGCGUCCGCUUUGACUUUGCGUAUAGCCCGCUCUCACUGGCUUACAUGGAAUGAUUGCGCUCCAUAAUGCAAGCUCGUGUGUAUUCAUGCCAUCAGUAAUGCCAGUUACAUCAGAAAAGGCAAGCACGGUUCAACUCGAAGUUGAUUGGCGUUGUCACUUCUAGGUUCAUGCCCAUCAACCUCAAGCAACACGAUCUCACUGUUAGUUACUGAUUGGACGCUAAACUUUAGGUUGAAGAUGGUCUCCGGGAAAUGGUAUUCAUGGAUAUUAUUAUAGUUAGUUCAGGGAUCUUUUGGCCCGAGAGCGAGCGCCGAGGGUGUGUCGUGAUUCACG